GACUCAUCAACAAAUAUGGAUGACAGACAGCCCCCGCUGAAUCAAAGGUUAGUGUACCAACACAAAUGGUCAGAACAGUGUGAGUGUUCUGCCAGAGAGCACUCUCCUCUGACUCUUCUGGAUGUCAUUGGAUCGUCUGCCAUCAUGCAUUUAAAGCUCCUCUUCUUUUGCCUGCUCUUGGCAGCGCUGCUCAUACCUGCCGAUCUGAAACCUAAAAAGGACAAAAAACAUCAUCGACAUCGACAUGGUCAUGGUCAUGAUGGACAUGGGCAUCAUAGACAUGAGAAAAAGAAAAUAAAAUUUGACCAGAUUAUUGGGGAUUAUUUCUUUCAGAUCAUGGAGCGAGCUAAUGGUGAUGACGAUGACGAGGAUGAUGAUGACCGCAGCUUUUUAGACUGGAUUUUUGACCUUCAGGAGCCACAAGGUGACUGUGACCCAAAUCCUUGCUUACACAAUGGAGUGUGUGAGCAGAAAGGCAAGAAAAAAAUCAAAUGUGACUGUCCCAAACCUUUCAAAGGAAGACGAUGCGAGAAAGGUCCAAAAGCUUGUAAGAUGGGUAGAUGUGGACGUGGUGAAUGUGUGCUGACUUCCACUGACCCCUUUUAUGAAUGCAAGUGCAAGGAGCCAUUCCAGCCACCGAGGUGCAUAAGAGCUGCACCGUGUGAGAAUUCACCAUGUAAAAAUGGUGGAACGUGUAUCAGGGACGGUAACGACUUUGACUGCCAGUGCGCUCCAGGGUACAGAGGACGCUUUUGCCAUGUUGGCCCUGAUGACUGCUAUGUGGACGAUGGAGAGUCAUAUCGUGGAAAUGUGAGUGAGACAGAUGAUGGUGAUGAAUGCCUAUACUGGAACUCACACUUUAUCCUGGAUAAAGGAACAAAUCCUUUCAGCUCCUUCGAGGACCCAGACGGACUUGGCCCUCACAACUUCUGCAGAAACCCAGAUGGGGAGAGAAUGCCCUGGUGUUUCUACAGAAGGGGCCGCAAGUUGCGGUGGGACUACUGUGAUGUGACCGAGUGUCCUGAGCCAACAGAUGUGACACCAACUGAUAUAAUUCCCACCAUCCCUGAUCCGAGUGCCCAUCCAGAACCUACAAAACCUGAACCUACAACUCUACAACCAACAACCCCCAAACCCUCAAUGACUACCAAUCCCCCAGUGACUUCUAAACCCCCAGUGACUUCUAAACCACCAGUGACUACUAACCCCCCCAUGACUACUAAACUCCCCGUAACUACUGAACCCCCUACUACUGAAGGCCAGGCUCCACAGCCUACUCCUGUAGCCACUGAAGGUCCUACCAUCCCCAGUACCACUGCUCUGCCUAAACAGUUCUCCACCUGUGGAAAGCCUCAUGCAAAACAAGCUCUUACCCGAAUUUUUGGAGGUCUAAAGGUUCCUCCUGGGGCUUUACCCUGGCAAGUGUCUUUGCAAGUGAGACCAAAGAACACCAACCUGCCACACAGACACAUCUGUGGAGGAGUUCUCAUUGCCAGCUGCUGGGUACUGACAGCAGGACACUGCGUUGAUCAAACAAAGGACAUGCAGGUGAUGUUGGGAAGUCUGUCACUGAAUGUGGAGGAACCCUCAGAGCAAGUCCUACACGUUGAAGAGGCUAUUGUACAUGAGAACUUUAGGGAGACUCCUAAAGCUGUGUACAAUGACAUAGCUGUGCUGAGGCUGAAUGGUACUGACGGUGUUUGUGCCACUGAGAGCCAGUUUGUAAAGACAGCCUGUCUGCCUGAUGCCAGACUGCCUGAUGGCAAGGAGUGUACCAUUUCUGGAUGGGGUGCCACAGAGGACUCCGAGUUAGGUUCCAACCACCUGCUGAAGGCCAAUGUUUUGCUGAUCAACCAGGAGAAAUGCGCUGAAGAUGCUGUUUAUGGUAAAACGUUGGAUAAUACCAUGUUCUGUGCUGGUUACCUGCAUGGAGGUGUUGAUUCCUGCCAGGGUGACUCUGGGGGACCCCUGACUUGUAAGGAGAACAAUACCAGUGUUGUUUAUGGUGUGGUGAGUUGGGGAGACCAAUGUGGGAAGAAGAACAAGCCUGGGGUCUACACACAGGUCACUCACUUCUUGGACUGGAUCAAAUUGAAGACUCAAGCAACAUUUCCGUAAGAAUAUUCCAGUCAGUGUACCCACAGGCCUGCCUGGGAAUGGAGCAAAUCCUAUUCAUAAUGUUAAGCUUUUGAAUUAUGAAUUUUGUUUUUUUUUCGCAAUAUUUUCUUAGUCCAUCAUCUUUACAUCAGUCAAUGGUCUCUCGGUUCUCCAGUCCUUGAAGAAAUGGAGUCAAAGUUUUAAAGUGACCAGACAUUUACAGCCCACAAAUGCUUUUUGUCUUGAGUGUUUCUUUAUGCUGUUUAUAUUUGUCUGUACAUCCUCAUCAGGACCAAGGCUGGCUCAUCUGAACUCAGAUAAGAGUCGUACCGAAACCCACAAAUGACAUCAAAUAAAUAUUUUAUUGUCAUAGG